AUUAUUGCGACGCAGAUUUCUUUAUAGAUUCAAAAUAAUGUGUUAAAUCAGGAGUAACGAAUUCAGAAAGAAUGUUAAGUGUCAUACCUUCAUUUAUAUUUUAGCAAACACCUGAAGAACAGAAUGUGUUGAUAACUCAAUGCCUGGUUACUUUCCCGAGUGUGAAGUUCUGACUAGCCAAAGAUUUUGAUUAUUGAUCAAUUGCAUUGGAGGGUGGCAUUGGAGGGUAGCAGUAUUAUGCUGGAUCACAAACCAACUGUUAGCUACUGCUGUUGUAGAAGGGCAUUUUAAACUCAAAACUGGUAUAUGUGGUUUUGGUGAAUUGACCGGAGGAGUUGCCCGUUGUCCAACUGAAGCUUAACUAUUGACCCUAGACUUUAUCUACCUCCUCAAUGCUCCAUUCACCAACCGCAAACGGUGCUGCACUGUUGCGGUGAACCACUAUGACAGUCACUGGGUUAGAAGCGUCAUCUCAAUGCAGGUUCAAGAAUGAUCGUCAAACUUGCAACGCUGUCGCCGGAACAGGAUAUGCAAGUUUUUGGUGGAUCGCGUCUCUUGUAAUUAACAGGGCGCCAUGUCAAAUAUUGAAAAAGCCCUCAGUAAAGCUGUCGAAGCUUUAAAAAUUAUCCACACUAGUCAACCCGAUGAGUCUGUUAGCAGACGUAAGGAGAAGAUAGCAUCAUGUGUGGCAAUUGCAGAUGCACUUUGUCAGUCAAACAUGAAGAAUCCUUCCAAUCUAGAUUCGUCCAAAUCUGGAAAUAUUCUCAGUAACUCGUUUGAAGCUCUUUUCCAACUCUGUGAUGAUGUGGACUCUCAUGUUCGGCUGGUUGCUGAUGAAAGUCUUAACCGAAUCAUCAGGUCAUUGUUAGACUCGCAUUGCAUGAAAGUGAUGGUCGAGCUGCAUAAAGAAAUCAAGAAGAAUGGAAAACCACACUCUUUAAGGGCAGCAUUGUGGAGAUUUGCAGAGCUUGCUCACAAUAUAAGACCACAGAAAGGCAGAACCUAUGUGCAAAAUACGUUGCCAUGCUUAAUUGAAAUUGCGAGGCGUAGAGAAGAAGCUGUUCUAGAAACACUUGCUAGCUCGAUUCCAAAAAUAUUAGCUGCUCUCGGUAUCUUCACAACAGAUAGUGAUAUCAAGAUGUUACUGCGAUCUUUUUUUACCAAUUUGACUUGUGAAGAAACUGUUAUUCGCCGCACGGCUGCUCUUAGUAUUGUAGAUGUUUGUCUCCACUCGCGGAAACCAUCUAUGUUUCUCUCUUAUGUUCUCAAUGCUCUUUUAGAAUGUGUUGUUCCUAUCAAGUCAAACCAGAAUCCAGCUUUGCUUUUAGGAGUUCUUACCUGUGUCCGUUACCUGUUACCUCACCUAGUCAGUAUCAAAGCUGCCUCUGAACCUGAUUUUUUAUUAAAACCUAGAUCAUCGACCAGUUUUACACCAAACAACGCAAUUAUUCCUGUAGAUAGAUUUAUUCAGAUUUAUGAGUUAUGCCUACAUUAUUGUGGUCAUAGCGAUAGUAAUGUUGUCACGGCCUCUUUGGAAACUCUGCAUCAGCUACUUCUCUCAGAGCCAAAAGAAUUGAAGGAGGUUUUGGUAUCAAAAAAUAUGCUUACGAAGAGUCGAAUCCAUGCCAAUAAUUCCCAAUUCAAAUUUUCCAUUCAACGAUCCAUCAGUUUAGCCAGCGUUGCAACUUCGUCUGUGAUCGACGAGUCUCAUAUGUCAGAAGGAGACAUGAGACACAUUCUUAUUCCCACACACUUUGAUCAGGACGCAGACGAUUCAAAGGCUUACGAAGAGAGAUCUGAGGACACUGGAGCUAGAUUAAGGCAAUGGUUAGACGCUUCAGAGAAUUGUGCCUCUCCAGAACCACCUUUCACAGCAGAUCAAAGUGCAUCGCAGCAAAGUGAAUAUUCAAAUAUUCAAAUCGGUGCUGUAAAAGAUGAUACCCUUAGUGAAAAAGAUUGUAGCUCACUCAAAAGUGGAGAAAUGCCAAAGGAAAAGGAGGUCUUUUACAAAAUGGAGAGUACUGAAGAGACUAGAAUGGAAUCUGACGUUGCUGGAACAUGUUCUCCCUCAAAAAGUUGUGAUUUAUCGGUGACACACUCUGAAGCCCCACAGGUUUGGGACAUCGGCAGUGUCACUGAUGGGAAUCCCCCUCUUAACUACUGCGUCAGGCGAUUAAUCACAGGUUUCCUACUUACAGAACAAUCAGGUGUAGUCAAAGUUCGUGUGAGCACCAAGGCCCUAGCCCUCAACUGUCUAACGCAAGCGCUGCGGCUAGAACCAAGUGUCGGCUUGCUGAACAUUGACAACACGGGUGUUCAGACUCCAGAAGGCUUCACUUCAAUUUUAGAUGUUGUUCUGUCGUACAGCUCUCACUCAGAUCAGCAGCUGAGAGGCCUGAUGAGGGUUCUUAUCGGACAUUUUAUUUUCGCUGCCCUGAGAGUAGGAAAAAGUGACUACAGCUCAUGGUUACAACAGCAUGAAGGCAGCUGCAAUGUCUCUUUGGAGGCGUUGAUGAAAUUACUAAUUCAGGGUCUAGGAGAUGAAUCAUCUGUUUGCACCCGCUUGAGUCUCGGAGGAGUCUCCUCGUGUUUGAAUUCUGUGAUAUUAACCAAUGACAAAGUUUCUCUAGAAGUGCUCUACGCUUUGUUGAAAGUUGCGACGAAUCCUUACUGGCUAGUCAAAGUCAAACUCCUAGAAACAAUUAGUACAUUGCCUUUCAUUAACAUUAAAUUUCUAACUGGCAACCUUGACUUUCAAAAUAGUAUUGUUCACAACAUCAUCCUGUCAUGUCUGGGUGAUAAUGAUUCUCGCGUCAGGAAAUCAGCCGCUGAAUGUCUUUCCAACAUAGUGCAAUACCUCUACACUCCCAUUGACCACAGUCACGAGCAUGAGAUCAUCGUCUCCUCAAAAACCUGUGAGGAACAAGUGUGUGAAAUCUUCAAUUACAAUCCAAACGCCGUAACUGAAAAGUUAAAAAGGACAAUGAACGUGAAUCAACGAAUCAACCAGCACCACAAGUAUCAUUUAUCGAUUGAUGCUGCUCUAUCUAGAAUUUUGGAAUUACUGUCAAAGAAAUUAUUAGAUUUUUCAUCGAAAUACAUCGUCUUGGGAUCCUGUGAAGCAUUGUGCUUAUUAUCCUCUAAGUAUCCAUGUUACGUUUAUCGGAAGGCAUGGCAGUGUAUGCCUGUAUCUUACAAUGCUCAUGAACAGUCAGCUCUUUCAAUUAGCUUGUUUUCCAAUGUGUUGUCCCUUUUAAAUUCAUCAGCUGUGUGUUUGGACUUGGAAGCACAAAAUUGGCUGUGUAUUUUGGGCGGAAACCUGUUUGUAGGACUCGCAGAUGCUUUUACCAAAUCGAACCUACCCUCAAGUCCAAAGUUGUCACAAACUAGAUAUCUCUGGAGUUUUUUUCAAGACAAAAGAUUUGAGUCACUCGCAGAAACGCUAUUGUUGUACCUAAUCCGACUGACAAAUGUUUUCAUGAAUAUUUUAAAUGAGCCUCAACCGAAUCAGAACAUCACUGCACCGGCAUUGAGAGCAUUAGCACCUCCCACAAUCUCUCCAAUGAAGCGGAAGAAUAGAUCUCUUUCUCCAACCAAGUCCCUAAGUGACAGUGAUAAAAAAGAAGAGAAAAACAAGUCGUACGGCAAUUAUUCUCAUCUGUCAAGGUUCUCCAAGUUGCAAGAUAUGUUGAAGGCCACGUACAGUAAUAUCAAAGUCACGCUCAGUCCUGAACCUGGAGAAAAGUUUUUUAAUCUCUUGGAGACGAAUCUCAAUGUUCUGAGCAAGAUUUUAAAUUUUAUGACUCUUGAAGAGUCAGGGAGAAUAGCAGACGAACUUCUAUUUUGUUUGAAAUUUACGUUCCCAUUGAAACCAACGGAAACUGUCAAGUGUGUACUCUCAUUACUACAAAGUAUUUUUAGCACGAAUCAACUAGCAAGAUACUCAUCAGAAAACCAGAAGACAAGCAAAAUGUCACAAGAGAAAGAAGGAAAUGACCCCUCCUUGUACUCAUUGUAUAAUCAUUGUUUCCAAACUCCAUUUCAAAAAUUCUCUGAUUACAUUGAGAUCUGUGCCAAAGACGUAUCUUUUAGCAGUGAGCCAAAUGACAGGUUGACUGGUGUGAACAAUAGCAAUGAACUGGUGAGGGAUCGACGUUCAAGUAGCUUCAUCUUAAAAUCACCUGAAAAAAGUACAAAUACAGCAGUUUUAACCUCGUAUAUCAAGUUGUCAGAAUCUAUGAUCAUCACUGCUCUCAAUCAAUGCAUAGUCACAAGUAAUGUGGAGCUGCAAGGAACUGUCAUCGCCUUCAUGACAGAGUUAGUUUUUGUUGGCGUGAACUAUUGGCUUCUAGAUUCCAAUCAGUUUUUCAUCAAGUUCGUCCUAACUCUUUUCGAAUAUCUGGAAGCAGGCCAGAUUCGUAACCCCAAAUUUUUAGUUCCAAAAGUCUUUAAUUUUCUAGUUCAUUUAUCAAACGACAAAAAUCAUUCCAAGCCAGUCAUGUGUAUUCCAAAAGUUAUUCAACUCUGUGACGGGUUGAUCGCAAGUGGCCAGCGACCUGAAGAGCUUUGUAUCCCUGCUUUGUUUCCGAUUGUUGAACAUGUGUUUUUGAUAAAAACUAGUCAAAUUUUGACCACCGAGGAGCUCAAGGAGUUGAAAACACAGCGAGAAGUUCUCUUUGCAAUGUUGUUGCGGCUAAUCUACUAUCAAGAAGCUUUACACUUGUUGAGUCUCAUCAUCACUCAUGAUCAAGAUGGAGCUUGGAGUCAAAGAUCUCAACUCAUAUUUGAUACGUUGUCCAGAGUUUUACCCUCAAACCAACUUAAAAUUGAUUCAAUCGAGGAAUUGGGAACCUUCUUAAAUCUUCUCAGUUCUCUGUCUCCUUCCAUAUUCUCAUCGCCGGGCAGUAUCUUGAAAAUUUUAUUUUCCACGUAUCUUCAAAAUCAGGACUCUGAUGAAACAGAAAGAUGGAUCGCUGUUGUUCUUUCAAUGUUGCUCCUUUUGAUUUCAACAAGUAAAGAGAGCGAUGUUCUUCCCAAAAUCGAGGAACUGGAGCUGUGUUGCUUGCCUCUCGAAGAUUUAGAAGAUUCUUCUCAAACAAGUGAUCCUCUGAAUGUCACAGCAUCUUCGCAAUUUCAAGCCCCUCCGAAUAAAGUGCUGGCAAGGUAUCUACUGAGGAUCAUCGCUCUUUCAUCGACUAAGCUUCAUACUCUUGUAUUUAACUCUUCUUGUGAUUCCAAUGGCCUGUACCUGAGUCAACUUACUUCGUGCCUGUUAUUAACUUACAUAUCAAUCUUCCAAUCAGGCUCUUUCGUAGAAACGGUGGAAGGUAUUACGGAAAUUUUCCAUGAUCCUUGUGAGGGGAAGUCAAUUCAGAGCUUGACCAGAGUUUUCUCAGACCUUUCUAUCCAAUAUCCAGCUCUGAAUUUGCAGUGGUUCUAUCUGCUAUCCAUCCUCAAUUUGACUGACGAUAAGUUUUGGUUGAAUGCUACAUCCUCGACAGCUUUUGACAUGUCAUCUGUGUUAUCAUCUAACAUAACUCUGAGCUGUAACGUUCGUAUUUCAAAAUUAGGCCUUUUGUUGCUUUACUGUGAUCAUUUAUCGGAAAAUAUAGUAGAAAAUUUAGACAAACUAGAGCAAUUGUUAGAUAACCAUCUACAUACUCUCAUAACAAUGUUCAAUGAGCCUCCAGUCAAAAACUUGACAUCUGUUUUGAGUCAAAAUUAUGAAGCAAAUUCUUUACUGCUGGAUAAACUGAAGCAGCUUAGCAAAACACAUCAUUCUCCUGUUUUCAUCAAUCGUCUAGUGAAAUGUCUUGAAUCAUCACAUCCAGAUCUCAGCGGAAAAGUGAUUCUGUUUGUUACCCCAAAUUUUCUCCAAAAUCAAAGUUUCUCAUCUGCAAGACAAAUUGCAUCUCUUAGCUGUCGGAAAAUUGAGUAUUUACUAACCAGACCCAAAGAAGAAGUUCAAGGUCUCAUUCCAGAAGAUACCCUGGUCUCGUAUCGUAAAGAAUUAUUUAACUCGCCAAAAUUAUUAAGACGACAUCCAAACCUUUUCAGUUUAAUGAACAAAUUAACUAAUCAUUGCUAUGAGCUCCCGCCGCUGGAAGGAGGUCAGAACAAACCAUUGGAUAUUGAUAGUCUACGAAACGUAUCGGUAGACAAAGCCUGGUUAAAUGCACAGGUUAGAUUACGAUGUUGCCGAAUAGAUUGUUCUCCGGUCGAAUCAGCCUCAUUACUAAAGCACCUACAGUUUGAUGACAUUCUUGAGAUUCUACGCUGUCAACAGUUCAACAAUUCCAUCCUCCAGCAUUGUUUUGAAGUUAGUGAGAAAUCAUCAGUGAACGUGCAGGAAGAAACAAAUUCUGACAUUGAAGUGGCCUGCUCAGUUUCACCGCUCUAUCUGGCCGCCAGGAAAGUUUUACUAUCACAUGUGCAUCAUCUGAAAAGUUUCCUACCCAGAGUGCAGCAGGUUUACAAGCCAUUGGGAAGAGCUCAAAGUAUGAAAGAAGAGAAGUACUCAGAGCAGAUGGAUAAUCUUUUCGCCAGUUCUGAAUUCUAUGAACUACUUUACCAGUUGAUUCCUGCAGUUAUAAAAUAUUUUGAAUCUAUAAGAUUGCUACCUGAGUUACUUGAAGAGGAUGCGGUCGAAGACUUUCUGAGAUUUGCUGUCUUAUGCAUGGAGGUCCUUCAUUGGACCCUCUCUGGCAAGCAGCUGGCCUACUCGUUACCAAGCUGUCUGCAAAUGGUCUUGCACUGCAACUGUCUAGUCUUCAAACUCGAGGCUGUGCAAAAUAUUGUAUCAGACAUACAUAUCUGCUCAGUCUCCUCUACUCUCAUGCGCAGCGUCGAGCACCUUAUCAACGAAUCUCUAGAACUCCUGAGUAAUGCUGGACUGGAAAGACUGAUCGUAGAACCUGAUUCUGCUCCCAUAGCUCACGCCUGCUAUCAAAUGUCCAGUCUCAUCAACUGGCUACAAAAGUUCACUGAAAUUCAAAGUAUUUCAGCGUUCAUCUAUUGUCCAUUGAAGGACCUCAUUAUUGCUGUUAGCAGGUUGAAAGUCGUCAAUUCUUAUUUGCGUGUUUCCCCGGAUGCAUGGAAGCAUUCAGGGUGGUACGAUGAUCUGAAAUCAAUCAGCGAAAUACCAGCAUUGCCUUUAUUCUGUCUCCAAGAUAUCGAUAUUUUGAACCAGCUAGUCUACAGGGUGUCUCUUCUUGGUUGGCGAAAUCGACAGCAAUUUGAAGAAACUUGGAUGCUUAUUUUAACGGUGCUCAACACUCCUUUAGAGGUGGAUGCCCCGCCAGAAGAAAUCAUGGCUGUGGUUCAGACAAUCAGUAUUGGUGUGACAGCUGUCACGUCUCUACUCAUUGGAACUUUGAGGUUACCAAAUCCUGGCAACAUCAGCGAUAGCCAGAUCAUUCACUCCUCGCGAUAUAAUCUUGAUUUCCUAUCAACACAAGAUUGGGGUCAGAAGCUCAUUGAAGUCAACAAACUCUUAGCUGAAAAAAUUAACAAUGUUCAUUCUUCGCUCAAAUUCACCGUCCAGUUGCGCCAGUUCAAUUGCCUGAUAAACGCUGAACGAAUCUGUAGUCAUAAGAGAUACGGUUACAAUCAAGUAUCAGUGCAUUUUUUGAGAACCUCAGUACGAGGCGGAGACACAAGUGAAGAGACCAAUUUAGAAAAAGAGAAGCACAAUAAAUUGUGCAUUGAGCUAGAGAACGCUCUUCAAAAAAGUGGGCUGGACCUAAGCUCUUGUCUUCAAUUUCUAAUCGAUCUGUAUGCACAAUGGAUGUCACAGAAACGUCACCUUCCAUUGCUGUACGAAGUGAUCAGAUCAAUUGUGAUCAUAUCGGACCUCUUCAGGGACCAUGCGCAUUUUCAGUGGAUGCUUGGUGCUAGUUUAUUGUUCCACAAAAUGCACCUCGUCGAGGACGACAUUCUUAGUCAGUAUUUAAUCGUGGCUGUUUGCAAAUCUGCCGCUGUCUUACAGAACGUAGAACCCAAUAUUUUUAGCAAGGUCAUCAAGAUUUUAGAUUCAGGAUUAAAAAGUAGCUUUUUACCCUCAAGAGUUGCAGCUUUGCAUAGUCUACUCUAUUUGUUAGAAAGCUAUGUCAUGCUAGAUUACGGUUUGGAGGAAACGAAUACGACGCAGCCUUCGGAAGCAGUUAAAUUUGAAUCGAAGUCAAUUUUCUACGACUUGAAAAACAUUUUAGAUGAUGAAAAAGAAAGUGAUUCAAUGGAUGGUGACCUAAAAUCAAGCGUAGAGAUAUUGCUGCCGUCUAAAUAUUACGCAGAAAACUCACAAGCAGUAUUACAUAUCGCGAUCGAUUUCGUAGAGAAAAAUCUCAACGUCCAGUUAAUGGGCCAGUACAAUGAAGAAUUUCAGCUAUGCACCAUAUCUAUAGGCUUGUAUUUGAUUGAGAAAGUCAAACUGGAUGAAGUUAAUCAAAGCUUAUGUCAAACUAUAAUACACGUAUUACUAGAGCUGUGUAAGAUUAGCAGUAAUUUGAAACAUUAUUCUGUUUACCAAGCAAUAAUCCAGGGGUUCGAGCGGUUGAUCCUGACGCAGAAGUACAAAAAUAUUCACAGUCAAAUAAUGAGAUUGGCUAUUGAUAGGUUUUCACACUCUGAUACUUUGAGCAGCAUCAUUGCUCUGCAGCUUUUCAUGUCCUGUUUCUACACUCAAAAACUCUCCAUGUCAGAGGAUGGUGAUUCUCCGACUAACGGCUCUGAUCCAGAAAUGCUCAUCAGCAAAAGGGAGAAUAUUUCCACGUUUUUUGAAAGAAUUAAAGUAUCAAGCUCUUUGGAGGUGGAGGUGAUCUGUAGUGUUUUACCCAAAAUUCUGACUGACUUUUUUCCUGCUUCCGAUCUGCUCUCAAAAGUCAUUGGUGAAUUUCUGUCGCCCUAUCAACCUCAUCCUCACUGCAUAGCCAAUAUUGUGUUCAAGGUGUUCGAGAAAGCCUGUGAAGAAGACCAACUUCCCCUCAUACAAGACUGGAUCGUAACAUCAUUGACAAGCCUUACGAGAGGACUUUCCAUCGCUAUGGCGACGUGGUGCCUCACCUGCUUCUUCAUCAGCGCCAGUGUGAACCCAUGUUUGCGCGCCCUUUUCCCACAUGUGCAGUCACGCAUAGGGAGAUUCGAGUAUGAGGACCGCAAACUACUGUGCAUCAGUGCCUCUCAUUUCUACCACAGCCUGGCCAGCGAUGAGCUAAAGAGUACAUUCCUCAAGACAUUCCAAAACUCCGAGUUGAAAACUAGUCAGAACUCUCUAACAAAUCCCUUCAGCUCUAUUGUACAGUGUUUACAGUAAGUCUUAGCAAAGUGAUCAGUCUAGGUAAUUGUUUCAAUUUGUAUUAUAGGUUAAUCAGUUUUAGGUAAAUUAAAAUAUUCUUGUUUUCUUUUGUUAA